AUGGCGCGCUGGCUAGAGGUUUUGUCACAGUAUAACUUUAAAAUCGAACAUCGUAGUGGGAAAAAGCAUAUCAAUGCUGAUAGCCUGUCCAGAAUUCCAUGUGAACCAGAGGAGUGUCAGUGCUAUGAUGGGAAUACAAUAUUGAAAGUUUACCAUCUUAACUAUGGUGACAAUAACGAGGAGGGUUUGAACAAGGACGUAAAUGCUAUACUGGAUGAACAUGUUGCAUUAUCCGAGGAUGCAGCGCAAACAUCUAACUUAGGUUGUCUCAAACAGUUUAACACAGUUAAUUGUUCACCUGUCAAAAUGGCCAAAUUACAGAGAGCAGACCCAGAUUUAGGAAUUGUGAUACAGUGGCUUGAAGAAAACAGACGACCCCUGAGAGAUAAGGUAGCAGGGAAUUCACCCAGUGUGCGGAAUUAUGGCUAA